GCUGCAGAGAGAGGAAGGACCGGCCGCUGGCUUGGACCCCCCCCUGGGUCCGGUGUCUGAACAGAGGGAAAGCACAAUUCCUUCAAGAUGCCGGUGUCGAAGAAGCACUGGAGGAAAGACUCCGAAGACCUCCAGGAACCUUCGGAGAAGGCGAAAGAGCAGCAAGCCGAGGUGGAGCUUCGGAAGCUGAGGCAGCAGUUCUGGAAGAUGGUGGGGAGUCGGAAGUCCUUCAACUUCCGCUCCCAGCAGGCGAUCGCAAACCAGCAGAAGGAAAUCAAGACCCUGCAGGAGGAACAGGAUGAGAUCACCCUGCUUCUGAGUCUCAUCAAGUCCUCCAGGAACCUAGAUCGGAACGAGAAGAACUACAUAGAGCUGCGCUUCCUGCUGCAAACCAAGGAGGACUACGACGCCUUGAUCAAGUCGAUGAAGAUGCUCUUGGCUGAACUGGAUGACAAGAUUGUUCAGAUGGAAAAAAAAAUCAUAAACCAAAAACAGAUCUUCACAAAAUUACAGGAGGCCCAUAGCCCCCGGAAACUGCAGAAACAGAUCCACGUGUUAGAAACGCGUCUGAAUCUCGUCACUGUGCAGUUUGACAAGGUGCUGACCGCCAACGCUAAGCUCCGGAAGGAGAUCGAGGACCUACGAUACGAGAAGGCUGCUUAUGACAACGUCUUCCAGCAGCUCCACCGGCGCCUGUCGAUGCAGAAGAAAACCAUGAACGUGGCCAUCGAGCAGUCUGCGCAGGCCUACGAGCAGAGACUGGAAGCCUCGGCGCGAAUGGCGGCCAUGAAGGAGCGCCAGCAGAAGGACAUCUCUCAGUACAACCUGGAGAUCCGGGAGCUGGAGCGCAUCUACGCCCACGAGACCAAGCUCAAGUCCUUCCUGCUCACCAAGCUGAACGACCGCAUGGAGUUCGAGGAGCAGGCCAAGAAGGAAGAAGCUCUCAAGGUGAAGAAGCUCAGGAGGAAGAGCAAGGGCGAGAGCUUUGAGAGCUACGAGGUGGCCCACCUGCGGCUGCUGAAGCUGGCCGAGGACGGCAACCUCAAUCAGCUCAUCAACGACUUUCUGGCCAAGGAGGAGAAGAACUUCGCCCGGUUCACGUACGUCACGGAGCUGAACAACGACAUGGAGACGAUGCAGAAGAAGAUCCAGAAGAUCCAGAAUGAGAUCACCCUCCUGCAGUCCCAGCAGAAAACGUCCCAGGAUGACAACUACUCCGUCCUGAGUCAGCUGGAGGAGAGACUAAAGAAGACCACCGAGGAGGCGGAUAUGUAUGAGAACAGCUACAAGGAGAUCAGCAAGACCUUGGAGGACCUCAAGAGCUCAGUGGAGAAUCUUUUUAAGAAGAUAAAUUGUGAUGCCACCAAGAUCCUGGUGCAGUUAGGGGAGACGGGGAAAAUCACGGACACCAACCUUUCUCAGUACUUCGGUGAGUCAAGCUGGUCCCGUUGAACUCUUAGGAACCAUCUCCAGAGCUUUCUGUAACCAGGCAUGAGGACUUGUUUUUUUUUGGUGGUAGUGAGUCUGGUGGUGAAGCAUAUGAGCAGUAAUGCCAGCCUGCCUGGGUUCAAAUCCUGGUUCUACU